AAGCUCUCCAACGAACGGCCGUAUAACUGUGAAGUCAAACUCAGCCCCGGGUAACGUAGAAUAUAUAAGGGGUGGAGUAAGUCGCUGUUCUUCAUCUCCUCCAAAUCCAUUCCAUUGAAGAGCAAUACAACAAUCUUGUCCCUACCGAUAACCGUUACAUCCAUAUCUCCCACUCACCAUAACAAUGUCUGCCCGUGGCCAAGAAUUCCAGCCUCUCUUCCCGCCGCAGGAAGAGAAGCCCACAUCCGCAUUUGCGAAAGGCCAGGCUUUCCCCUUCACCUACGUCCGCGACAACUUCAAUAUCUCGACAUGGCUCUGCUUCGGCGCGUUUGUGCAGACCACUCUCUUUAUAAUCGCCGACCGCUUUGGUCUGGGCCGCGUCGCUCUGCUCCCCGCCAUCGCCAUCUUGGCAUACAAGACCGCCGACGCCUACCUCAUGUCCAUCGGCUGGAAGAAGAACAUCUACAUGGACGGCGUGAUCCAAAAGAAAUACAGCUCCGCCUUUCCCGACGCAUCUGGACGGUACGGCAACAAACCCGCCGACAGCGAAAUCGUCGUCUUCCUCAUCGGCACGAGAUGUAACCACCCGCUCGGCAUCCUCGCGCCUGGCGUGAAAGACAUCGUGUCUUACUUCUCUUCCAUGGCGACCGAUCUCGACAAAUAUCGGGAGGAAUUCGGCUUCCUCGGCAUGACAAGCUGGAUGAACAGCUCCGACCGCACGACCAAUUCCGAGAUCAUGGAAGUGGGCUACUUCCGAAGCAUCGAGGGCUUGCACAAGUUUGCCCAUUCCAAGUACCAUCGUCCAGGGUGGGAUUGGUGGAAUAAGCACCACAAGACCUACCCGCAUCUCAGCAUCUACCAUGAGACCUAUCACGUUCCCAAGGGCCACUGGGAGAACAUCUACGUUAACAGCCACGUCUCGGGAAUCAAUACGACAAUGACAAACUUCACGGAUGAAAUGAGCGGGAAGCAGAUGUGGGCUUCGCCGAUUGUCGAUGCGAGCAAGGGGUUGUUGAAGACGUCGGCAGGUCGGAUGAGCAGGAGUAAUGCCACUGAGCAUGAUCAUCUUGCUGAUCCAUACGCGGAUCAAUGAAUCAAUGUUUAAGACUCGGGUUCAUGUAAAAAUUUAGAAUACA